GGAUGCUUUCUUUGGGAUGUCCCAAAAAAAGAAAUAAGUUUUUUUUGGGGGGAUGGAGGGAGUAUUCUCUAAUUUUUAGGUAUUUAUGUAAGUCUUGUUCAUGCAUGCAGGCCAGAGAAGGAGUGAAAAUUGAGCAUGAAAAGAAGUUAAGAGCACUACAAUGUCAGGAGUACAGAGGGAAGGACAGGGGCAAAAUGGACAAAACCAAGGCUUCAAUAACAAGACUGCAAUCCUUAAUUGUGGUCACAUCACAGGCUGUCUCGACUACCUCUUCUGCUAUUGUUGGUCUAAGAGACUCUGAUCUUGUUCCACAGCUUGUUGAACUCUGUCAUGGAUUUAUGUACAUGUGGAGAUACAUGAAUGAGUUCCAUGAAGCUCAGAAUGACAUUGUUCAGCAGGUCCGAGGACUGGUCAACAACAGAGCAGACAAAGGUCAAUCAACUUCUGAUCUUCAUCGGCAGGCAACACGAGACCUUGAGUCUGCUGUAACUGCAUGGCACUCAAGUUUCUGUCGCCUUAUAAAGUUCCAACGCGAUUUCAUCUGCUCCCUUCAUGGCUGGUUCAGGCUGACCCUAGUGGAGCCCACCACCACCGGCAGCACCAAUCAUACUUCAGAGGCAUUUUCCUUCUUUGAUGAGUGGAAGCUCGCCCUUGACCGUGUCCCGGACACUGUAGCUUCCGAAGCCAUCAAAAGCUUCAUAAACAUCGUCCACUCGAUAUUCUUGAAGCAGACCGAAGAGAUCAAGAUCAAGAAGCGAACCGAGUCUGCAUCAAAAGAGCUGGAGAGAAAAGCUUCAAGUCUGAGGAGGAUUGAGAAGAAGUAUUACCAUUCGUACUCCAUGGUCGGGAUCAGUCUCCCUGACAGUGGCAGCUCUGCACUGGACGCACGAGACCCUUUGGCUGAGAAAAAAGCAGAACUGGCUUCUUGCCAGCGUAGGGUGGAAGAUGAGAUGUUGAAACACUCCAAGGAGGUGGAAGUCACUAGGGCCAUGACCCUACACAACAUUCAGACUGGUUUGCCAGGGGUGUUCCAGGCCAUGACAAGUUUCUCUGCCUUGUUCACACAAGCCCUUGAGGUGGUUUGCACCCGCUCAUAUUCUAUUCAUUAGAUCAUUGUUAGAAUAUAAAACUAUUUCAUGGGCCUACAACAACAAACUUGAGCUUUUGAUUGAAUUGAUUCUUUGACAUGGUAUCAAAGCUUUGGUGACCAAGAGGUCACGAGUUUAAACUCUACUGCUACCUAGUUAAAAAAAAGGGCUUUCUCACGU